GGAGAGGAAUUGGUGGGCACAAGCUCAAACAUUUGGGUAGUAGGUGGUCAUACUUAGGCGAAUUUCUGGCGGCCCUAUGGGCUCAUUCCUAUUCCAAGCCUUGUGGAAUGCCUCGCCAUAGUCCUCCGACCAUACACCGUCAACUACACGCUCUUGUGCAAUACCUCGUCAUUAUACUCCGACCAUCCAUCGUCAAUUACACGUUCUUGUGUGAUCCCUCGACAUAUUCCUCCGAUCAUCCAUCGUCAACUACACGCUCUUGUGCAAUACCUCGCCAUAGUCCUCCGACCAUCCACGACCUUCCAUCGACUCUGAUAGGAUUUGAGGGCGUGACCAUGCUCUACUGCCUCAUAUAAAGCGACCCACGAUGGAUCUACGUCCACCCCCUCUUCAUACAUUGCCGCCAUGCACUCCCCAAAUCGCGGCCUGUUGAGCCUUCUUUUUCUCGUCUCCAGCUUCUACGACUACGCUUCAGCACAAGUCGAUCUCGGUACCGCAGCUCCCUACGGCGUCAUCGCUGCCACCGCGAUAACCAAUACUGGCGCCACCGUCGUCGACGGCCUCCUCGGAAUCUUCCCUAAUGACGAAACCUCCAUCACGGGGUUUCCGCCUGGGCUUUCGGGUGGUAUCAAUGCUGCCAACGCCGCUGCAAAUAUCGCGCGUAAUGAUGCUGCGACGGCGUACGGUGUCGCAGCUUCUCUAGCAUCCACUGGCUCGACGGGGCCAGACCUCGGUGGCCAGGUUCUAACUGCUGGGGUCUAUACCGCGGCUUCGUCUGUCGGGCUCACCGGCACGCUUGUCCUCAACGGCCAGAACGACCCGAACGCCGUCUUCGUUUUCCAGAUUGGAUCCACGCUGACCACCGCGACCGCUGCGAGUGUCAUUCUUAUCAACGGAGCACAAGCGUGCAACGUCUUCUGGCAAGUCGGGUCUUCGGCUACGCUGGGCACCGCUACUGUCUUUGCGGGUAACAUUCUCGCGUUGACCUCGAUCACGGUGAAUGCGGGGGUUACUGUCGAUGGAGGGCUGUAUGCACUGAACGGGGCGGUUACGCUCAUUAAUGAUCGGAUCACGGCACAGACGAAUUGUGUUGUCGUUCCUCCUUCGAGCAGCACUGUGAGUCCCUCAUCUCCUGUUGUGUCGUCUUCUGAUGCGGCAACGUCUGGGACGGGAAUCGUGACGGACGCUCCAACGGACGCUCCGACGGACACUCUGAUACCGUCUCCAUCGAUCUCCCCAUUGCCCUCUCUACCGCCCUCCCUAACACCGUCUCUAUCACCAUCCCCAAACCUCUCUCCCUCGCCUCCCCCAAUAUCCUCUUCAUCAACCUUUCCAGUAAUAUCGCCACCCCCCUCUUUGGCACCCUCACUGACAUCCUCACCGACAAUCACAUUGGCCUCCUCCUCCACCACAACCCUCACCGUCUCAUCAACGCCGGACAUCUCAACAACAACGCUCGCCACCUCGACAACCCUUUCCACACCGUCGCUGAAAACUCCCUCUCUAACAACAACCUCCUUUACGCUCUCCCAAACUUCCACACAGACGGGCACUACCUUCAGCACCAGCACUUCGACAUACAAAUAUCCGUAUCCCAAGCCAUAUCCUUGGUACCCGCCACAGCCGAAGCCGGAGCCGUGGAUUUCGGAGCUCGUGGCACCGUGGGGUGGAAAGCCGGCGCCCAAGUAUGAGCAACCUGCAUACGAGAAACCUGGGCAUGGCGGUGGACAUGGAGGCGGCGGCCAAGGUGCAGGGAACGCUGGUGGGCAGGGGGGAGGACAUGCUGGGGGUGGAGGCUGGGGCGGUGGAGGACAUGGUGGUGGCCAGGGCGGAGGACACGGUGGAGGUGGAGGACAUGCCGGAGGCCGGGGCGGUGGAGGCCACGGAGAGUAGAUCGAUGUUACCACAUCUGUCGAGGAUUAGACUCGAGUCCAGGGCGUAAGUG